UAUGAGCCAAACAACUAAACAAGUGCAACUGUGCAAGUGAAUCCAAUUUGAAGUUUGUUCCCGCAAGAUACUCGGCACUUAAAAAAGAAAUGCUUGAGAAACGUUUUUCUGGUUCCUACUGUUUCGAAUUUGUGCAAAUCUUCCACUUUGAUAAACCCUAAACCCUCACCCUCCAAUCCUCCAAAGAUGAACUUCAACUUUUGCAAAAAAUCCAGUCUCACCCAAAUAAAAAACACAUUACUCAACUCAAACCCAUCAAUUUACACCAUUGUUCAUAAAUCACUAGAAAAUGCUCUCAUUUUUAGCAGACCCAUGUCAAAGAAAUCCACUUCAAUACCCAAAAAUCAGCAAAGAAUAAGAGAUCAUGGCUUUGAUAAUUACAUGGAGGUUGAGAAAAAGAUGAGAAAAGUUAUUAAAUUCCAAGAAUUAAUCUUUUCUCAACCCCAACAAUGCGUACCAGUUUCACGCCUUGAUUUCCUUGCUCGUCGCACUGGGUUCAAAAGAGAUGAAGCAGGCAAGUUUGUUCUUAAAUUACCUGAAAUUUUUGAAAUUUAUGAGCACCCAGUUCAAAGAAUUCUUUAUUUGCGAUUUACUAGAAAUGCUCUUUUACAAAUUGAUCAAGAAAAACAUGCCCUUAAUGCCCAAAUACCCGAUGCCGUGACCCGGCUUCGUAAGCUCUUGAUGUUGUCGAACACGGGUCGGCUUCAUCUUGAGCAUAUUAGGAUUGCUCGUAGAGAUUUCGGCCUCCCUGAUGAUUUUGAGUACUCUGUGGUGCUUAAGUAUCCCCAGUAUUUUAGGUUGUUUGAUGCUAAAGAUAGUAUGAGUAAGUACAUUGAGCUUGUAGAGAAAGACCCAAGAUUGACAGUUUGUGCUGUUGACAAAGUUAGGGAGAUUGAGUAUAGGAAGAAGGGUAUUGAUGAAGAGAAUACGAGGUUUUCGUUCGUUGUGAAUUUCCCACCUGGGUUUAAGAUAGGAAAGUACUUUAAGAUUGCAAUGUGGAAGUGGCAACGGCUGCCUUAUUGGUCACCUUAUGAGGAUGUUUCGGGGCAUGAUAUGAGGUCGUUUGAGGCUCAGAGUCGGAUGGAAAAACGGGCUGUAGCUAUGAUCCAUGAAUUGUUGUCAUUAACUGUUGAGAAGAGAAUUACAUUAGAGAGGAUUGCUCGUUUAAGGGUCAACAUGGACUUGCCUAAGAAACUCAAGGAUUUCCUUCUCCAGUAUCAGGGUAUAUUUUACAUUUCGACAAGGGGAAAUCAGGGGAAGCUUCAUACUAUCUUUUUGAGGGAGGCCUAUAAGAAGGGGGAACUAAUAGAGCCAAAUGAUAUGUACUUGGCUCGCAGAAAAUUGGCUGAAUUGAUUUUGGUUAGCCCCAGAAAGGCAUCCUUGGGUAGAGAGUUAGUCAGUUAUACAAGGCAUUGUGAUGAUGUAAGAGGGAGUCAUAGAGAGCAAACCAGUGACAGUGGAGACUUAAGGGGAGAUAGGGUGGGAGGGCAAGAUUUGGACUCAGACAGUGAGGUGGAAUCAGAUUUCAAUGAUGAGGAUGAUGAUGCACGUCCUGUUAGGCACACUCGAGCUCGUCGUUAAGUUGAGUGAGCAAAAUCAUCUGAGGAAUGUUUGCUAAGUGCUUUCUGAAGGAAAUUUCUUAGGGGUUGACUAUCUAUUGCUGGAACAUUGUUUAUAGAAGGGGAACGCUGGGAAUCAUUGCUUGUUUAUUGGUAAAGAGGAAUGAUUCAACUUCAUGCAUGUCCAGGCAGAAAUGAAAUGUGAUACUGACUUAAGCUUUCAUAAGCAUCUCCAAAAGAGAGAGCGUAAAAUCUUCAAUCUAGAAGCCGAGACCGGAAUCUGAGUCGUGGAGCUAUCGAUAAUUUUGACUGAAGAUAUUGAUAUCAGGAGGAUGUUAACUUCGGCUAAUUAACAAGACCAAUUGAAAAAUGGUAAUUUUCCACAACAACUAUGGCAUAAGAAGGAGAAUUCAACAGGUAAACCGUGUAACAGGUAAGGGUGUAUGGAAGCUGUACGACUCUUCUAGUUUCAGGGGAGCUUACCUCAGUAUAGCGCCAAAGUCACCACAGGGAACAUGAUAAUACGGUUUAUUAUUACUUGUAAUUCUAAGAUUACUAACAAUAAAGCAAAAUGUGAGACUUUGAUUGUAGGUACGGCCAAAGCAUAGUUGGCACCAGGUGCAGAUGCUGCUAGCUAACAAAUUGAUGAAAUAAAUUCCUACAAGCUGAAACAGAAGAUGGAGAUACGUAAAUGAUUUAUCAGCUACGACAAACAUGCGGCAGUGUCUUUAAGUUUUUAAAUCUAAACUAUUCUGUUCAGUUUCGUGGAAGAUGUUUCAGGUACAAAUCUCAAUGCCGUCACAGCUAAAUUAAAGCAAACACUUACAGUAGCAGAAUCACCUCAGCGUCUCAGACGCCAUCUAGAACCUGUCGACACCAUCAGCAACUUGUAGACGCUUUCAGCAAGCUGUAGACGUCUUCUGUAACCUGUAGACACCGCCAGUAACCCAUCAACACCUUCCGGAACCUGUCAACGCCUUCAUUAACCCUCAAGUGCUACCAGCGUCGCCUAUGUGUUAGCCACCUCACAUUACUAGCAAUCUUCACACAUAUACUACGUAAGUCUUUUAGUAGACGCAAAUAACCAGGUAACCUUCUUUAAGAUUACUUGAGUUAGCUUACUAGUUACAAUCGACUUUCUCUUGUCAUUUCAAAAUUUUAGCAACUGAUAAUGGUUAACAACACUCUCAACUUUGUUUUGAGAUAACUUGAGUGUAGUGUGUAUAGAUUAAGCUAUCAUGCAGCAUCCGUUUUUAUCAAAGGGCAACAUUAAAGUCACAAAUUCAUCGAUUUUUGUGGCUAACUUCAGUCAAAAGUCUAAGAUGUCAAUAUGACAAGAAUUGGCACACAACCCAGCUGCUUCUAGUAGCUAAAGGAGUCGACAUCUUAUGGAAGAAAAGCAUCCAGUCAGAUAAGUGAACUCUAACUUUUUUCCUGAAGUAGCCACAAGGGGGCAAGAGUACAUGGCUUAUAUAUUGUGACUUUAAUAAUGCGACUCCUGUUAUGAUUACACAAGGCUUUUUAUUGUUGUAUUUUCAAAAAUGCAUAACAAGUAUGUGUGUAGCAUGUGAAUACAGGAACAAUGCUAGUCAAAACUAAAGCAUCCUGGGGGCUUAAUGUCAACACAAUCUGAAAGGGUUGGAGAUCUCAAGGGGCUUAAAAAAUUAUACAAACCUCGGUGCUACUAGCAACCUUUAAAGUGAAGAAGUUGACUAUACAUGAAGAUAAGUGGAAGAUAUCACUAGUUGAAAUUCUCAGCAACAUGAAGUGUCUAAGUAAAAAGGCAAAGAAGGUAACCUUAGUAUCAGCUACAUUACUUGUCUUUGGUAACAUCUUGCUUUCUAAAUCAUUUGCAGGAAUUUAUAUGAGACGUAUAAAAUAAAUCAAAAGAAACAAGUUUAUUGUCAUACACGUUAAAACCAACAAUAAAAAGCGGAGACAGCAUGAGAAGCUGACACCAGCUUAUCUGGUUUGCACAAUGAGUUAUCUUCAACCACAAGUCAUGGCAA